UUUUUCGACCUUUUGGUGAAAACUCCCGAAGAACUCUUCGUCGAUCUAAUGAUCACGUACGCCGGCCAGGGCAUCGACGGUAAGACGACUGAGGAGGACGUGCAAGGACCGACAGUUCGCGUCUAUAGCUCUGGAAAGUAA